CUGGUGGGGAGGAGCAUCACUAUCGUCACUUUGUUGAACUGAAACUGAAGUAGAGAGACGUACAGUAUAUUGUUUACGGGACCAAACUCUCCAGCACUUCAGAAAUCUACUACAUAGCUACACGUUCAGACUACACGCUGACUUUCCUACCCUUUGACACCACAAACAGGAAGGACAGAGAUAUCAUCCACAAAAACAUCCAGAUAUGGCCACCUCCAGCAGUCUCCUGUCUGAAGAGCAGUUCCUGUGUUCUAUCUGUCUGGAUGUGUUCACUGAGCCAGUCUCUACUUCAUGUGGACACAACUUCUGCAAGGCCUGUAUCACAAAGUACUGGGAUACCAGUGACCUGUGCCAGUGUCCCAUGUGUAAAAAUACAUUUGAUAAGAGACCAGAUCUGUUCGUCAAUACCUUCAUUUCUGAGAUGGCUGCUCAGUUCAGACAGACAGUUGAAGUGAAAGCUACCAGCAGCCCGGACCAAUGCUCUGCCAUGAUAGUAGAAGUGUCCUGUGACGUCUGCACUGGGAUGAAGCUCAAGGCCCUGAAGUCCUGUCUGGUGUGUCAGACCUCUUACUGUGAGACUCAUCUGGAGCCUCAUCAGAGAGUCGCAGCCUUAAAGAGACACAAGUUGAUCAACCCUGUGGAGAACCUGGAAGACAGGAUGUGUAAGAAGCAUGAGAGACCUCUAGAGCUGUUCUGUAGGAGUGAUCAGACAUGUCUUUGUGUCUUGUGCUUGAAAGCAGACCACAUGACUCAUGACACUGUCCCUCUAGAGGAAGAGUAUGGAGAGAGGAAGGCUCAGUUGGGGAAGACUGAGGCAGAAGUGCAGCAGAUGAUCCAGGAGAGACUGAAGAAGGUUCAGGAGAUCAAACACUCAGUAGAUUUCAGCAAGAGAGAGGCAGAGAGGGAGAUAUCAGACAGUGUACAGGUCUUCACUGCUCUGGUUCGCUCCAUUCAGAGAAGUCAGGCUGAGCUCAUUGAGGUGAUUGAGGAGAAGCUGAAAGCAGCAGAGAGGCAGGCUGAAGGGCUCAUUAAAGAGCUGGAGCAGGAAAUCACUGAGCUACAGAGGAGAAGCACUGAGGUGGAGCAGCUCUCACACACUGAGGACCACCUCCACCUCCUACAGAGCUUUCCAUCCCUCUGCACCCCUCCAGACACCAAGGACUGGUCUGAGAUCAGUGUUCACAGUGAUCUGUGUGUGGGGCCUGUGAGGAGAGCUGUGUCUCAACUGGAGGAGACACUGAAUAAACAGAUGGAGAAGCUGCCUGAAGUCAAACUGAAGAGGAUUCAGCAUUAUGCAGUGGAUGUGACUCUGGACCCUGAUACAGCACAUCCCAAUCUCAUCCUUUCUGAAGAUGGGAAACGGGUGAGAGAUGGAAACACAGAGCAGGAUCUCCCAGACAAGCCAGUUAGGUUUUCCAACUGUCUCUGUAUCUUGGGAAAGGAGGGCUUCUCCUCAGGGAGAUUCUACUAUGAGGUGAUGGUGAUGGGAAAUACUGAAUGGACUUUAGGAGUGGCCAGAGAGUCCAUUAUCAGGAAGGGGAAUAUCACACUGAGCCCUAAGGAUGGUUACUGGACUGUGGUCCUGAGGGAUGAGUGUAAGUACUCCGCCUGUACCUCCCCCAGUGUCCCCCUCUCCCUGAGAGAAAAGCCCCAGAAGGUGGGGGUGUUUGUGGAUUAUGAGGAGGGUCAGGUCUCCUUUUAUGAUGUGGAGGCCAGGUCUCAUAUCUACUCUUUCACUGGCUGCACCUUCACAGAGAAACUCUAUCCACUCUUCAGCCCCUCUAGAAAUGAUGGUGGUAAAAACUCUGCCCCUCUGAUCAUCUCUCCUGUCAAUCACACAACAUGACGUUUAACCUGAAAAUGUACUGAAAUGUGUAUAAUUUCGUCUGUUGUCCUACAUCAGAGAACAUUUCAAUGUUAUAAUCCCACCGACGUGGUUGUUGUUUGUUAUCAUCAGCAUCAUGUCAGUCUGUUAGACAUGAUGCGUAGCCUACAGUAUGCAGCAGCAUUGUAGGAUAUGAAAACAUCUCUCCAGGCUCAUAACGAGGUAGGAUUCAUAUCUGGGAGUUACAUUUCAGAGGAAUUUCUGAUCGUGAGAUAAUUCAAGCAAUAUGUUUGUUUUUUAAACUCAUGUAUUGUUUGCACUGUAUAUAUCUGUGGAUCCACCUAUAAUGAACUGGGAUGUGCCUGGAGUCAAAUUCAGGAUUUUUAGAAAAUGAAAUCCAGUUGAAUAUUGACCAAAUUGGAAUUCUUUCUCGUAGGCCUGCUGUCCCCGAUGUUUACAGUAGUGAUGGCUAUGACAUCCGUUAUACAAAUAAAGUCACCUGUUAUGGCA